AUGGUUGUAGCAGCGCAUGAAAAUCCCAAGGUGAUCCGACAGCGAGAGGCUGCUCUCAACGCUCGUGAUGCCAUAACCAAUCAGUACGCAACUUCUACGAAGAAGGAAACCAAAACCCCCUCGACCAAAAAAUCCAGCAUCGACGUCCGUCCUCCUCUACCCUUGAGGAAGGCUCCCGGAUCUGCAAAGCGCAACUUCAUCGUUGUCUCCUCGGACGACGAAAAUCAACCCCCUCCCAAGCGUCAGACCCCCCAUACUCCUGCAUUCCAGGACAACGCUCCACGGCAGCAGAAUGCCACGGCCAACGAGACUGUAUCGCGAGCUGAAUUCUUACAGCUGCGAAGCGUCGUGACCAAGCUCGUGACUGAAUCCUGUGGUGAAAAAAACACUGAUCAGGAGAUGAACAACGUGAUAACUAGAAUCAAGGAGUCGGUUGUUGAGCUUGCGAAGGUUGUCGAAGGUUACGAGAGCACUAGUCAGAAGGUGCAAAUCGAGGCUCUCGAGAUACUGCUUAUGGCUGAGCGGCUGAGGACUCGAUACACUCGACUUGUGGAAAAUGCGGAGGAGAUGAACCGUGAGUAG